AUCUUCACAGAAGGCUGAAAUCAUUUCUAAUUAUGGAGUUUAUGUUAUUUUUGUUAAUAACAUGCGAUUAAUCGCUAAAAGUGUUAAUUGUUAGAAAUAGUAAGAUUAUACUUCAAGCAAUUUUUCAAGACAACAAAAUUAUUUUCUCUUACUUUGGCUAAUCAUUUUAGCACAAUAUAAACUAUUUCGUAUUUGUUUUUAUAUUAAUUAGAUAAUUAAAUAUAGUUCUGAUGUUCAAUUUACUCAUAAGUAUAAUAUUAUUGAAUUUACAUGUAGGGAGAACAAUAUGAUCAUCUUCUACAUUUACUGCAAGAUAAACUACAGAAGCAAGAAACACGUUUUAGGAAAUCAAUUUCAGCAUCUGAGAGACUUGCCAUCUGUUUAAGAUUUCUAGCAUCUGGAACUAAUUAUACAGACCUGGCAUACACUUUCCGUGUUUCUAAAUCUUCAGUUUCACAUAUUAUUCGAGAGACCUGUGAUGUCAUAUGGCAAGUCUUACAGCCACUGGUUAUGGCUAUACCAGCAUCAUCAGAUGAAUGGGCUGUAAUAGCAGAAGGUUUUGAAUAUAAAUGGAAUUUUCCCAACUGUGUUGGUGCAAUCGAUGGUAAGCAUAUCAGAAUAUAAGCUCCACCGUCAGCUGAAUCAACAUAUUAUAAUUAUAAGGGCUAUAACAGCAUAGUCCUAAUGGCAGUGGCAGAUGCUAGUUACACUUUCCUUUAUGUUGAUUCAGGCAACUAUGGACGCAUCAGUGAUGGUGGAAUUUUCAGUAACUGUUCACUAGGUAAAGCUUUGGUUAGUGAAACUUUGUUUUCAUUUCCAAAUCCAACACCAUUAUUAAAUAGUGAUCGAGUUUUGCCUUUUGUAUUUGUUGGAGAUGAGGCUUUUCCACUCAGGAAAAAUAUUUUACGCCCUUAUCCUGGCAAAUUUCUGUCGAAUGAAAGAAAAAUUUUUAAUUACAGACUUUCUCGAGCAAGGAGGUGCGUUGAAAAUGCUUUCGGCAUAUUGGCGUCUAGGUGGAGAGUACUUCGUACUGAAAUUGCCCUGAACCCAGAGCAUGCUAAUAAAGUAGUUUUGGCAUGCUGUUGCCUUCAUAAUUACUUAAUGAAAAAUGAGUUGGGAAAGGCAGCUAAGAAAUACUGUCUAGUGAACUUUGCUGAUUCUCUUCUUUCAAAUGCCACCAUUAAAGAAGGUAUGUGGAGAACAGAAGAAUUUACAUGGCAACCUCUUGGCCGUCUAGGGGCCAAUAAUUCAUCCCGUGCUGCAUCUGCAGUUCGAGAUAAUUUUUGUGAAUAUUUUUCUGCAGAAGGAGCAGUACCAUGGCAAGAAAGGAAAGCAUUUAUUGUGUAAAUUUAUUUUUUGAAAAUAUUUAUGAAAUAUGUAAAUAAAACAAUAAAACAACUGAUUAGUGUUAUGUACAA